GCAGUCGGUUUUGCAGGCGCGGCGUGGAAGGUGAGUCGCACGAUCGCCGUACUUGGUGUUUGUGCUCGAGCUCGGGCAGUGCUCAGGAAGACACCGUCCAUCCGUCUUGUGUACUUGCCGCCGUCGCGCGCGCGCCAUGGCGUCCGCGAAAAGGAAGCAGGAUGAAAGGAACUUGAAAACCCUGCGCGAAUUGGUCUCGCAGCCGGGCAACAAGGAGUGCUUCGACUGCAAUCAGCGCGGGCCGACUUACGUCAACAUGACGAUCGGCUCGUUCGUCUGCACCUCUUGUUCUGGUAUGCUACGAGGCCUGACUCCGCCGCACAGGGUAAAAUCUAUUUCCAUGGCGACGUUCACUCAGGAAGAGAUAGAUUUUAUCAAGGAGCACGGCAACGAGCACUGCAGGCGAAUAUGGCUGGGUCUAAUGAACUCAAACUCCCCGCAGAAUUUCGACACUAAGGACGAGCAGAAGAUGAAGGACCUAAUGAGCGCCAAGUACGAGCUGAAGCGAUACUAUCUGGAUCCGUCGAUCGCGAAUCAGAACACGAUCGUCAAUCAAAACAGCGCGGUCGCGCAACACAAGUCCCAAACUUUGAGCAACAUUCCGCGAGUGCCGAACUCGGGAACGUCCACGGUGUUGCCUGCGCCAGUCAGUCAGAAGUCAAACAACGUGGACCCGAUAAGCACGAACAAUUUCUCCACGGAUUUUGUCGCCGAUUUCAGCAAAGUUCCUGAUCCCUUUUGCCCCGCGACGACGCCGGCGAACCAGUUCAGUCAGCAGCCGAUCGCGCCGCAGCCGUUCUUCGCCAACUUCGAUAACAACCCGGUUUUUAACAAUACGAAGAAGGAAUUUUGUUAUUUAGAUAUGGAAGCGUCCGCAAUGUUUAAUCAGCUCGGUGGAAAUUUGACGAUGAACAUGAAUGGCGCACUCGCGCCACCCUCAGAAGAUCGUUACGCGGCACUUAAAGACUUAGACUCGUUGAUGAAGCAGACACAGUUAAAAGAAGAGACAACAAGCACUUUAUCAUGGAACGCAAAUAACUCAAAUGCGCCGAACGCUACAUGGAGUAUAGGAGUAAAUAAUCAAACACACGUCAUCUCAAACCCGUUCGCGGGUGGAGAUUUAUGGCGACCGUCUGCGAACGUAGUCAAUAAUAAUAAUACUCAAUCCGUCGAUAACUCGUUGUGCAAUUCUGCGAAUCCGUUCAAACCAACUCAGUUUCCUGUAAAUAAUGAUUCACAGUGGUUAGGAAUCGGCACACCUAGCAAUGGAGACGUACUCCAAUUCAGUCAACUUAUGACGCCGUUAGCGAACAAAGUAUGGCAACCAACCGUCCCGGCGUAUCACGCGAAUCCAUUCAUGGUGGGCACAGGAGUAAGCAACAUGACAAGAAAUUCGAACAAUCCCUUCUUAUGAUUAUGUACGCAUAAGCUUUUAACGGAGUUAUGAACAAACGACGCGAAACUAAAAUACAUUUAGAUUAGGCAAAUUGUUAUGUACGUGAUCUUAUUGGCAAUUAGUGCCAUUAAUUUUUAUCCCCCAGGAGAGCACCAAUCUCGUAUCUAUAUAUAAAUAAAAUAAUACUUUAAUUUAUGAAUAUAAUAUACGUUAAAUAAAGAUUAAUAUUUGUUACU